AUCAGAACUAUUGGGAAGGAAAACUUAAUCCAACAAUCUGGUUCUGGUGGUCUUCACUCUUUAACCAUGCGUGACCUCACUGACCCCACCAUCUCCAUCGGUCCUCUUCUACUUUCUCUCUCUCUCUCUCUCACAGACCUCAAAAUCUCAAUCCAAAACCCCACCGCAGAAAUUGGAGAUCUAAGGAUACCGAAGGUUAACUCCAGAACUUCAUCACUCUCUCUUUCAGUCUUCUGAUGACUACUGCAGUUAUUACUCAUAUCCUUCAAUGUCUCCUCAUUUGCGAUUGAUCACCUGUGUAGUUGCUUUCCUUUUUCUACGACUGAUAAUCAUAGAUCUCACAACCGCGCACACAUGUUACCCGCGAGAAGCAGCAGCAGCAGCAGCAAAUGGAUCUUCUUCCUGUCCCCCUUUUACUUCUCCGCCUUCGUUCCCUUUCGCUUCAACUCCCGGUUGUGGCCAUCCGUCUUUCCAGAUCCAGUGCUCCUCCCCACAUUCCAUUAUCUCCAUUAACAACUUCUCUUUUGAUCUCCUUCGACACGAACCCAACUCUACCUCUCUCCUUCUCUCUCCUCGACUCUUAACUCAAGCCCCCUGCUCCACCUCCAUCCCCAAUCGAUCCAUCGAUCUCUCCGGCUCCCCAUUUCGAUUCUCCGACACUUCUUGCUCACGCCUUUCUCUUCUUGGACCCUGCGAACCCCUCUCUAAUUGUAGCCGCUGUUCUUGGGAAUGCGAGGUACACAAUAGCCCAGUUCGGCUCCUGGCAGGCUGUGGUGCCAAAAGUCAGAAUGUCUCGGAGCAGGGUUGCCAUGUAGAUAUAUUGGGCUACCUUCACGGUUACCUCGAGUUAGGAAUCCAGGUCGAGUGGGACGGAAAUGACGACCCUUACUUCUCCAGCUGCAACGAUUGCCAGGCCAAGAACGGAGUUUGCGGCUUCAAUUCCUCCGACCCUCGCAAGCCAUUCCUCUGCUUUCGCACCCAGACGCAGUUCUCGGCUUCAUGGAUUUCCGGGGACGGGCGGAGUCGGAUCGUUAUCUUCUGUACUAUUUUCAUCUUUAGCUGCGUGGUGGUUGUGGUGGGGGUAGUAACAUUGAUCUUACGCUUCAAAGGGCUGCAAUCGUCAAAAUCCGAAGAAGACCCCACGACUCUCUUCCUCCACCGUCACAGAUCGGCAAAUCUCCUCCCACCUGUGUUCACCUAUGAAGAGCUAGAAGCAUCAACUAACCGGUUCGAUCCAAGGAACAAAAUCGGCGACGGUGGAUUCGGAUCGGUUUACAUCGGUCGGCUCUCCGAUGAGAGGACCGUCGCCGUGAAGAAGCUCCACAGACAACAAGCAAUGGCUGCGGCGGCAUCGACCAAGGCAUUCUGCAAUGAGAUCUUGAUACUCUCAUCAAUAAACCACCCAAACCUGGUGAAGCUCCACGGGUACUGUAGCGAUUCAAGAGGGCUGGUACUGGUGUACGACUACGUAGCAAAUGGGACCCUGGCCGACCAUCUCCAUGGGUCGAAGAGCUUGGAAAGGAAGAAAUCAUUAACAUGGAAGGUGAGAUUGGAGAUGGCUUUGCAGACGGCGAUGGCAUUGGAGUACCUUCACUUCUCUGUGGAGCCAGCGAUCGUUCACAGGGACAUAACAUCGUCGAACAUUUUCGUGGAGAAAGACAUGAGAAUCAAAGUUGGGGAUUUCGGGCUUUCGAGGCUUCUGGUGUCGUCUUCAUCGUCGUCGUCAGGGUACGUGUGGACGGGACCGCAAGGAACACCGGGGUACUUGGAUCCAGAGUACUACAAGUCGUUCAAGCUGACGGAGAAGAGUGAUGUGUACAGCUUCGGGGUGGUCCUGUUCGAGCUGAUAUCGGGGAUGAAGGCGGUGGACCUGAAUAGGGACAAGAGGGAGGUGUCGCUGGCGGAUAUGGUGGUGUCCAAGAUCCAGGUGGGGUCACUGCACCAGGUGAUGGACCCAAUUCUUGUUUUGGAAGGAGGGGAGGCCAUCAGGACCGUCAAUGCCAUGGCAGAGCUUGCCUUCCGCUGCGUUGCUGCCGAUAAGGACGACCGUCCAGAUGCAAGGGAAUUGGUCGAUGAGCUGAAGCGGAUUCACAGCCGUACACGUGGAAACGGAUAAACGAUUGGAUGCUGGUACAUAUUUACCCUUUUUUUUUUUCUUUUCUGUUCUUUUCUGAACGAAGAUACGAUUAAGCCAAAAAUUUUGAGGAACAAACAGGCGGGAAACUCUCGUGCA